UUUAAUGGAAAAUGGCUGCGUUUCUUCACCAAACCGCUGGAGCUGGGAAAUAAAAAAAAAAAACUGUCUUUUGUCGUUCGCACCGAAGCGAUUUGGAUGCGGUAACUACACGUUAGCGAAGCCGACGUCCUGUGUUGUGAAAAUAAGUGGGGAGGGUUUAAAAAAAAAAAAUGGAGCGACUCCCGCUUUGAGAGGGAUGUAAAGAUAAUUUUUCUCCUUUAACCCUUCCUGCUCCGACAUCUGCGAACAAUCGAGCAAAAGAUGAUGCGCCAAGUGACUACCAGUGAUUUCUGCAUAAACAGCAGGCCAUCUUGCCUCGCAGACAACAGCCACCACCCUGUUUCUCAUUUUGAACUGUGCACCUCGCAGCCCAGUAAGUUCUACCCUCCUCCCCCUCCGACGUCCCUCCAGAUGACGCUGGCUCCCAUGGCCUUACCAGCCCAGAGCCACAAGUCCAUGGUGUGCCACAGACAGGAUGUUCUUGUGGGUGACCCGCGCUCACCUGGGAAAAUUCCUGUCAUGAAAGGCACCGCCCAAACGCCGGAGGACGGCAAGAAAAAGAGCAAGGGAGCCGGGAAGACGGGCAGACGCGGGAGGCCUUUGGGAACCACCAAGCUAGCUGGGUACAGAACCAGCACCGGGAGACCCCUUGGUACAACCAGAGCCGCUGGGUUCAAGACGAGUCCGGGAAGGCCACUCGGUACAACCAGAGCUGCGGGGUAUAAGGUCAGCCCCGGACGGCCUCCUGGCAGCAUCAAAGGCCUAUCUCGUCUCAACAAACUGGCUUAUAGUAGCACCUGCAGUGGAGCAGCGUUCCCCUACCCACUACCACACAAAGAAAUGCUCUGUGAACCUUCCUGCAAAGACAAGACGUCCAACGAGCAAAGGCUCUGCUCUGAUUCUUCUUCACCCUGAACCGCUGGAACAAUAGACACAUGUACAGGUUUCCAGCUUCUUAUUAGGGGUGGUUGUAAUAUUUCUCACUGUGCUGUCGGGCUGAAAGGAGGAAAUCCUUUUCAAAUGUUGUUGUUGUUGUCAGUCGUGUGCCUGCCAUCUAAUCUACUUAUUAGCUUUUCGAUGCUCUUACUGGAGGUCGGUAGUACACAUUGCUGUAAAUGUGUUCUUGGGAACUAAAGCAACUGAUCACUGAGCUUUCACCUAACGGCUCCCAUAGUGGAAGCUCUAGUAUUUAAUUCAACAUUUUAAAAGCAGUUUAAACGAAAGGAAAUGCUUCUUAUAAAAAAAAUAAAAAAAUAUUUUGCAUUUUAAUUGCUGCCAACAAAGAAGACUUCUUACUGAUGAUCACCAUGUGAAAUCUAUUAGGCAAGGAGCAAAUCUACGUGUAAAGUUCAGCACACUUCAGCUGAAUUAGCUGAUGUCAGCAUUAUCAUUUGUAUUCUUAAUGUUUAAAAAAUGUGAAUAAGGGAAAAAAAAAAAAAAA